AUGUUCAGUGGCUCCUCGAGCCCACCCAAAGAAAAGACAGAUACCGUCCCGCGCUCUGGUGCCAUCAACACCCCGUCUCUAAGCAUCCAGACCGAAGACCCGAACGGAUCUCAGAAGAAGUCGUCCCCGCCUGGUGGAUUGUUUGCGCGCAGACCGAGCGAAGAGCAGAGCCCCGGAGGCGACAAGAAGCGCCGCAGCAGCACUGUCUCAAAGGCCGCGACAUUCUUCGCCAACGCAAAGAACUCGCUCAGCCUUAGUAGUCCCCGGAACGAGAGCGCUUUCAGUAACCCCAUCCUAGAGUCGCCUAGCAAGUACGGCAGCAUGGACCCGGCCCUCAAUGUCCCGCAGGGAUCGCUGAACAAUUCUGCGGGCGAGUCGGUACCAACUCCUCGGUCAUCGUUUAGAGUUGGCGUCACAGAAGAUCGGAAUAAGAAAUGUCGCCGGACGAUGGAAGAUACGCAUGCCUAUCUCUACAAUUUCCUCGGAAGCCCUGUACCGCCAGCCCAGACCGAUGACUCAAGUCAAAGCCUUAGCUCCGGAGACACGUCUACACCCGUCGUCGAGACAGAUAAUGGGUACUUUGCUAUAUUUGACGGACAUGCAGGCACCUUUGCUGCGCAAUUUUGCGGGAAAAAGCUGCAUCUGAUUCUGGAAGAUGUGUUGCGCAAGAACCCCAUUGCACCUAUUCCUGAGCUGCUUGACCAAACGUUCACUGUUGUUGACCAGCAGUUGGAAAAGCUGCCCGUCAAGAACAGCGGUUGCACUGCGGUUGUCGCGCUGCUCAGAUGGGAGGAUCGAGUUCCUAGUCCACAUUCCGUGACGGGUUCCUCUGCUCUCGGACCCGCAGCGACUGCUGCUGCUAAGAGCGAACCCGACGCUGAGGCCGCCGAUACACCCACGCAGGAAGCAGCCACCGCAACACCUGUCGCCAGCAUUCCGCCGAAGCUACGAGAAAAAGCGAUCCGGCAACGUGUUCUCUACACAGCCAAUGUUGGCGAUGCUCGGGUUAUCUUAUGUCGAAACGGCAAAGCGCUUCGUCUGUCUUACGAUCACAAAGGCAGUGAUGAGAACGAGGGAAGGAGAAUUGCCAAUGCGGGUGGUUUGAUACUGAACAACCGAGUGAAUGGAGUUCUCGCUGUGACCAGAGCUCUUGGUGAUGCGUAUAUCAAAGACCUUGUUACCGGACACCCGUACACAACAGAGACUGUCAUUCAGCCGGAUCUAGAUGAAUUCAUCAUCCUGGCCUGUGAUGGGCUCUGGGACGUAUGUAGUGAUCAGGAAGCCGUUGAUUUGAUUCGAGAUGUACAGGAUUCGCAGGUGGCUUCGAAGAUCCUAGUUGACCAUGCCCUCGCCCGGUUCAGCACUGAUAACCUUUCUUGCAUGGUAAUUCGUCUGGAUGCAGAACGCCAUCGCGAUAUUGUCACGCGAACAAACGACCCUCCCCUUACAGAUGGCAACCAUUCCACAAACCCCGGGCGUGGGAUCAGCGAGGCCGACAAGAUUGUCGAGGGAGCCAGGAAAAGCAUGGCAAACGCCGAGCUCGCAUUAGGUCCAAAGAAGAUCCCCGAGGAGACGGAAAAGUCAUCAGAAGAAGACCCUGCGCCGGACCCGUCCGUCUCGCCAAAUAGCCCGGCAAUCACGCUCAACCAACCGAGCAAGCCUACCAACAACCCAAGCAAUGAGUCAUGA